GCAACGAGAAGAAGAUAGAGAUGGUUCGAGCCUACCGGGAGAAGAUCGAGAAGGAGCUAGAGGCCGUGUGCCAGGAUGUGCUGAGCCUGCUGGAUAACUACCUGAUCAAGAAUUGCAGUGAGACCCAGUACGAGAGCAAAGUGUUCUACUUGAAGAUGAAAGGGGACUAUUACCGCUACCUGGCUGAAGUGGCCACUGGGGAGAAAAGGGCGACUGUGGUGGAGUCGUCUGAGAAGGCCUACAGCGAAGCCCACGAGAUCAGCAAGGAGCACAUGCAGCCCACCCACCCCAUCCGGCUGGGCCUGGCACUCAACUACUCCGUUUUCUACUACGAGAUCCAGAAUGCCCCAGAGCAAGCAUGCCACCUGGCCAAGACGGCCUUCGAUGAUGCCAUCGCCGAGCUCGACACUCUGAACGAGGACUCCUACAAGGACUCCACUCUGAUCAUGCAGCUGCUCCGAGACAACCUAACGCUCUGGACAAGCGACCAGCAAGAUGACGACGGCGGCGAAGGCAACAAUUAAGGCCCCGGGUGGACUGGCAGCGCACGCCGAUGCUACUACUGCAGUCUUUAUUUUUUUCCCAUGAGUUGGGGGUCGGGUGGGGGAGGGGAAAGGGAGGGCUCACCUUCCCAGGGAGAAACCCACGACUGUCCUGUCUUUGAUCGCCUCUUUGACAUUUUUGCCAAAAUACCACUAGUGGAAAGUCAGGCUUGCUGUGCUGGUAUCGGAGCUGCAGCCUCACACAGGCACCCGGACUGCCGUGCAAGUGGAGCUGUCUGCCUUUAGUUUAACUUAUUGUAGACGGUAGGGUUUAAGAUGAGAAGAGAAACCGGAAAUGGAUGGCCCUCAUUCAGUGUGUUCUGUGGUUCCAGUAAGAAUUCUACUGUCCAUACUCUCGUCUUCAGUUCUGUAGCUGUUUUCUCUCUGUUGUGGCUGUGCUGGGUUUUUUGUUUUUUUUCUUUUCCCUUUCCCCAGGGUGAUCUCUACUAGAGAAGGCUAAGUUACCCAGGCUUAGACAGGCUUAGAAUGGAAGACACAACCUUUGAUGGGUCAGCCUGGCCCUGUUUUCAGAAGUAUGAUGGGUUGACAGUAUUAACACUAAAUUCUAGUUUACAGUAUUUCUACAUGACAGCCAUACACGACAUGAAGCCAUUGGUUCUGAGUUUUCCUUUGUCAGCUCAGCUUUGCAUCCGUAUCCCGCUGUAUCCAGGUUGGUCUGACUGUUCUCAGCUACUUUACAUGUUGAGAAUCAGAACUGCCUUUGGGGUUUUGGUUAAUGGGUGUUUGGCAGGUAGCUGGCUUCGGGAUACUUUUUUUUUUUUUUAAGUUCUUUACUCUUUCAGUUAAACCCACCACAAAAUAGAAGCACCACACACAGAGAAAAUGGAGAAAAUUCAGGUCUGUCUGUCAUUUCUCAUGUUGGUAUUUUCAGAGACACUGCUCUCCAGCAGACAGGGCUCCCUCCUCAGUCACUGCCUGUCGUCCAUUUCUUGGCACUGGGUAACCCCGCACACCUCGUGCUGUCAGCAUGCAGGUGUCUGGAGGCCACUGGAUUGUAGAGGCCAGUGGUUAGAGCGAGAAAGGUGGAGCAUCAGUUGCAAGCAGCUGAGCCAACGGGAAGCCCACUGGGAAGAGCCAGCUUCACUCAAGCCUGUCCAGUGUGGGAGCCUGGUCCCCAAGUCAGUUGUCCCUGCCACCACUCCCAUCACCCAGCACUCCUUUUCCAAAUGCUUGGUGGAGGGGAGCUGAUAUUUAGAGGGGUGCCAUGUGCGCUCCGCCUGUUUGAGCUAAGCUUUCCUGGCUUUUCCUUUUGAAUGAGAACGUAGAUGCUGGAGAUGGCUUCUCUAUCGUGAGGUCACACUGCACGUGUGACACUGAAGGAAGCUAUGCUGCUGUGCCCUUCAUGGUCCGUCUCACUUAGCCCCAGGCCCCUCUUUUUCUCUGUGGAUAAAUUAUCCAUAAAAUGCCUUGUUGCAUGCAGAGUGUACGCUUUCUGUCUUCUAAAGGAUCCAUGGUCCUAUGGAUUCCCAAGAUGGGCAACACCCCAAACUUGCUUUCCUCGUGUUCAAAGACCUGGCAGCCACCUUCUCUCAUACCAAAACCAAGCUCCCACUUGAGAAGUGAGUAUGCUCAACAGGAUGCCGGUCAUGUGGCUGUAGAAGAGUGACUGUCUCUCAGCACAGUCCUAGCAUGCCUUUCCUCAGAGGCCCCUCUUGCUAGUGAGCAAGGACCCACUACCCGAGGCCCAUGGAAGAACCGAGGGGGGGAGCUUGGGCACCAGAGCCAUGGACGGGGUCAGUGGGGCUUUGCCUAGUUUGUCUCUGUGUCCGCAGUAAGCAUGUCCUUGUCCCACUUGUCCUGUUUGGAAAUGACCUACUGGAAUUGCAAAACCUAGUUUCUCUUUAAAUUUCAACCUUGACCCUGGCUGUGUUGUAGAAGGAUCUUGUGAGAGGGUAGAACUGAAGAGGGAAGAGUGGGACGUUCCUUCCCCUUCCCUUUACUGUUGAGAAGCGCACCUGCCUUUGAUGCUGUCUCCAGUGCCGCGGUUGCUCCUCCAUCCUAUUGAUACAGUGUUGUGCAUGCUGGUGUUGUAUUUCUAUACGGUAGCUUGACAUUUAUUAACUUAUACUGUAGGUGUUAUGUAUUCCUAUGACAAAAAAAAAACAACUAAGACUUCAAAAUUUUUAAAUUUUUUUUUAUUUAAUUUUUUUCCUUUCAGGGGUAAAGUUUGCUUUACCAAAUAGUGAUUGUAACAAAUUGAUCUGUUUUGGAUGUUGCUAUAGUGACAUGCAGUUCUAUAUUUUGUUUUUCAGGGGGGAGGGGACAAAAGAAACACCAGUGUUAGCUUACUCUUAAUGUCUGGUGUUUGUCAUGGUGAAACUAUAACUAUUACAGUGUAGGAGAACGCCACGACGUUCUCUGAGUGCGCCUCCGUGCUUUCUCGUCAUGUAUGAUGCAGUGAACUAUUUUUAAGGUCUAAUCAAGUGAUAUUUUUUUUUCCCCCCUCAACUCCGUGUUUCGCUAAGGAAUUAUUUCGCACACGGACCAUUCUUAGCAGUUUUCCUCAGUGAUGGAAUAUUCAUGAAUGUGAGUCAUUAUGUAGCCGUCGUACAUUGAGCAAAAUAAACGCACAGAUCUGAUGUCA